GCGCAAAGUCAAAAUGUGUGUGGUUUUCUUCCUGAAACAAAAGCUGUUCCGUAGCUUUCCUCUUUUCGAUUUCCUCAUUGCUUCCCCCCAUAAUUCAUUAAAGCAAAUUCGAUCGUUGGCGUUCCCGGCAACCUUAAAAUUACUAACUAAUCCCGACCGCUCACUCGUUGUCACGUUCUACUAAGCUUGCUAGCUAGCCUCGCUCCCGGCUUGCUAGCAAGUAGCUGUUAUGGUGUUAUACGUCAGUACGUCAAGUUGACUCGCCGAAAAAGACAAAGUCGUCAAACAACAUUCAUUUUUUGAACAGGGCGAUGUCUGAACGUUCACUAAGAUGAGGAGACUAAACAAAAAGAAAGCUUUAACGCUGGUUAAAGAGCUUGACGCCUUUCCCAAAGUCCCCGAGAGCUACGUGGAGUCAUCAGCCAGCGGGGGUACAGUGUCUCUGAUUGCAUUCAGUGCCAUGGCUAUUUUAGCCUUCUUGGAAUUUUUCGUGUACAGAGACACAUGGAUGAAAUAUGAGUACGAGGUAGACAAAGACUUCAGUAGCAAACUGAGGAUAAACAUUGACAUCACAGUGGCCAUGAGGUGCCAGUAUAUUGGUGCAGAUGUUCUGGACCUGGCUGAGACCAUGGUGGCUUCUGAUGGUCUUAAAUAUGAACAAGUAAAUUUUGAGUUGUCGCCACAACAAAGACUAUGGCACAUGACACUUCUUCACGUACAGGAACGUUUAAGAGUUGAGCACUCCCUGCAGGAUUUGAUCUUCAAGACUGCGGUAAAAGGAGCUCCAGCUGCUCAGUCUAGCAGUGUGGACGGCAGCACAUCUUUGACUGCCUGCAGGAUUCAUGGACAUCUGUAUGUCAACAAGGUGGCCGGAAACUUUCACAUCACAGUUGGCAAGUCCAUUCCGCACCCCCGAGGGCACGCCCAUCUAGCAGCUCUCGUCAGCCAUGACAGUUUUAACUUCUCUCACCGCAUCGACCACUUGUCUUUCGGAGAAGAUGUCCCGGGCGUCAUCAGCCCCCUCGACGGCACAGAGAAAGUCACCACAGACUCUAACCACAUGUUUCAGUACUUCAUCACCAUUGUUCCCACCAAACUGAACACCUACAAGGUCUCGGCCGACAUGCACCAGUACUCAGUCACAGAGAGGGAACGAGCCAUAAACCACGCUGCAGGCAGCCAUGGCAUCUCAGGGAUCUUCAUGAAGUACGACAUCAGCUCUCUGAUGGUGAAAGUCAGCGAGCAGCACAUGCCGCUUUGGAAGUUUCUCGUCAGGCUUUGUGGUAUCGUCGGAGGCAUCUUCACCACUACAGGCAUGCUCCACGGCAUGGUGGGCUUCUUGGUGGACGUGGUCUGCUGUCGUUUCCAAAUGGGAAUCUACAAACCUCUCAAGGAGGAGGAUCCCGUGAAUAUGCAGCAAGCAAACCAUCAAGCUCCGCCUCCUGCAGAUUCAAACUCAGUCGUGAGUCACCUGACAUCGCCGUCAUGAAUGUGCCCUUUGGGGGAAAAAAACUAACAAAAAAACCCCAAAACAAUUCACAAGCAAAGCAAACUGACAAUGUUUGAAGGUGGAAUACAAACUAAUACCACACACACACAAAAGGUGCCUAUGUGUAAAUGUUUAUUAAAUCAAAUCUUCAUUCUUUGUUCGAUAUCGUCUGUAUCAUCAUGACAAGUAAACAAUCUCUCAUCCACCA